AUCAGCUGCCUGUUUCUGUUCCUGGUCGUGAUGAUGAUUGUGGUCAUCCUGGUAAUUGACCUCAAAGAACGCAUCUCACCUUCAACAACCAAUCCAGCAGCAAACAUGUCAGUUACGAUUCUGGCCACUCCUCCGUAUGUGUCCCCAGGACCGUACCAUGUAGAAUACCCAUCAGAGUACAUCUUCAUCCUGGAUGAGCCAGAGAAAUGCCGGGAGCAGAACCCCUUCCUGGUUCUGAUGGUGCCAGUGGCGCCCUAUAACAGGGACGCUCGUGAGGCCGUCCGCAGUACUUGGGGCAGUGAGAGGCAGGUACUGGGCAAAGAGGUCCGUCUGUUCUUCCUGCUGGGACUGUCCAGUGGAGAGGAGACAGAGCAGCUCCAGGAGAAGGUGCUGCAGGAGAGCAAAGAGCACCAGGAUCUGCUGCAGAGCGACUUCAUAGACAGCUACAAAAACCUGACCAUCAAGACCAUGGUGAUGAUGGAGUGGCUGAGCUCUCGCUGCCCCAACGCCUCCUACGCCAUGAAGAUCGACUCAGACAUGUUCCUCAACGUGAACACCUUGGUCAACAUGCUGCUUCACGCUCCAAAACAGAACUACAUGACUGGAUUAGUGGCCCAAUGGGCCGCCGUUCUAAGAGACCGUAGCUCCAAAUGGUACCUUCCAAUGGAGGUGUUUCCUGAACCGGUAUAUCCACCUUACGCUCUGGGCCUGGGCUACGUCUUCACCUUAGACCUCCCCAGGAAGCUGGUGGAGGCGUCCAGGCAUGUUAAAGCCGUCUACAUAGAGGAUGUGUAUCUGGGACUGUGUAUGAAACACCUGGGCAUCCGGCCUACUGACCCCCCCAAUGGAAACCUCUUCCAGGUUUCCCCUGUGGCUUAUGACCGCUGCACCUACUCGCGGCUGAUAGCCACCACCACAAACAGUAUCACUCACCAGGUCAACACAUGGACAGACCUACACAAACCUGGUCCUCCCUGCUGAUCUCAUACAGUAACAAAAAGUUUCUGCAGUAUUGAAGGUCCCCAAGAACACAGUGGCCU